CGUCUGGUGAUUGGUGAGUUGAAUGGUGCGGGUCGGUCGUCUUUUUUGUUACAUUGCGUUUGUUUUGAUAAAAUAGAGAAUAAAGGAUGAUAAUGGUUUAACAUCAAGUUAUUGAAUAGCAUUUGACCAGUGAAAAAUCGGUAAAAGACGCAGUUUGUCUUAAUCGGCUUUUUCGCAAGCAAAUCAAAAUGAAUGAUACAGGUUGCAUUCACUUAAACAACUUUAAGGCCGCUAAAGGCACCAAUCCGUAUAAAAUUAUCCAUGCAUUUUUUGUGUCGUGCACAUCCUUUGAAGCUAGAAGAUACAAGGCUACUUCAUGUCUUUGUUUUGCUUGUGGUCAACCUGGACCAAGAAUGCAUUCAUGUUUACACUGCAUAUAUUUUGCAUGUUAUGGUGGACAUAUUCAAGAGCAUUCCAAAACUAAAAAGCAUUUUCUGUAUGUUGACUUGAGCUAUGGAAAUGUUUAUUGCGCCCAGUGUCAAGACUACAUUUAUGAUCGAGAACUAACUGAGAUUGCAAUGUCACAUAGAUUGAAAGAAGCUAAGUCGUUGGGAAUGUGUGUCCCAUUUACUCCUUGGAUCCCUAACAAUAAUGAAGCAUUGGCACUUCGACGUUUACGUAAAAGACGUAUGAUAGGCCCACAUACAACCAUUGGUCUACGAGGAUUACAAAAUCUAGGAUCCACAUGCUUCAUGAAUUGCAUUGUCCAAACAUUAAUUCACACGCCAUUGCUGAGGGAUUAUUUCCUAGGCGAGAAGCAUAAAUGCAAAGCGCAAAGUUCGGGGAAGUGCCUCGUGUGCGAGGUUUCAAAGCUGUUUCAGGAAUUUUACUCGGGCGCAAAAACACCGUUGACCCUACACCGUCUUCUUCACUUGAUAUGGACUCACGCACGCCAUCUUGCCGGCUACGAGCAACAGGAUGCACACGAGUUCUUCAUAGCCACACUUGAUGUGCUUCAUAGACACUGCAUGAACGGAGUAGAGGAUAAUGGGGAGAAGAAAGAGAAUGGCCGCUGCAAUUGCAUCAUUGACCAGAUAUUCACCGGCGGAUUGCAGAGUGACGUUGUAUGCACUUCUUGUUCUGGGGUUUCUACCACUAUCGAUCCAUUUUGGGAUAUCAGCCUGGAUGUUGCCGGACCUGGCUCCCUCCAAGCCUGUUUGGAACGCUUCACUCGGGCCGAACACUUGGGCUCCGCGGCCAAAAUCAAAUGCUCCAAUUGCCGGGCGUACCGCGAAUCCACAAAACAAUUAACCCUAGAAACACUGCCAAUCGUCGCCAGUUUCCACCUGAAGCGAUUUGAACAUUCCUCGCAAAUAGAUAGAAAAAUAUCGGCCUUCGUUUCGUUCCCCGCUGAGUUGGACAUGACGCCAUUUAUGUCGUCUCACCGCCGGGCUGUAGAUGCAGCCGAUAAUAACAAUGCACCCGAAGGGAUUUUUGAAGAUAAUAGAUACUCAUUGUUCGCCGUGGUGAACCACCUCGGUUCGUUGGACGCGGGGCACUACACUGCGUACGUCCGCCAGAUGAAAGGCAGCUGGUACAAGUGUGACGAUCACAUGAUUACACGGGCCUCGCUGAGGGAAGUGCUGGAUAGUGAGGGGUACCUGCUCUUCUACCACAAGACCGUUCUGGAAUAUGAGUGUGACGUCUCCUAAAUUGUACCAUAUAAAUAAUGUGUAAUGCGCAAAUUUCAAUCAAUUAUUAAUUUAUUAUCAUGAUUUUGAAUUUGGAAUAUGUCAGCUGUUAACCUUUUUUUAAUUUAUGAUCAUCAUGUCUUUCAGGACAUCAAAGAACAAAGUUUUGCCAUUUAAUAAUUUGUUAAUUUCCAAUUAUAUUUUUACUUUUGAAUUUAUUAAUAAUAAGUUAUUAUUCUACAAUGUGUGUGUAUUCAAUGUUUAAUAUAUUCAAGGAGGGAAUUUGUAAAAAAUAUUGUAAUCCAUUGUUAAAUUUCUCGUAGAAAAUAUUUUCUAUAAUGGCUCGAUAGAAAUACAAUUUUCAUACCAACGGUACAUUGACAGAAUUAUUAAUAUAAACAAUAUAUGAGAAAUUACCAUUUUGACAAUGAAAAACCACAGAUGAAACAAAGCUUGUAUAUGGUUAAAGUGGUGUCAACGAUUAUUUGUAUUAGAAACUGAACUCUAUUAUCGUGAUAUUACGGUGUAGAAGCUAUUGUAUAGCAUAAGGAAUGGAUUUUGAGCGUUGAACGAAAUUUUUGAAUAGCUAUAAAAAUGCUGUAGUCGUAGCUUUUUUCAAUUAUCUUAAAAAUAUUAUGUAAUAGAUUCCCGCUUUUCAAUUGCUCAAUAUCCGUAACCUGUUCGUUUCUAACGAAUUUGUUAGUUUAUAAGCUAUUGACUGAAUGUUUCUCAACUAUUUUAGUUUUCUAUUCGCUUUAUUGACUAGAAAUGUUGCCAGUGAUAAAUUCUCUGAUUUAAAAUUUGGCAAAAGAAUCAUUAAAUCUAAACGCAGACACCACGUUUGAUCGCAAUUUGGAGGUAAUUUUAAAAGAUUGACAACUCUCAGAACUGGAUUUAGAAUGGGCCAUGGUAAGAAAUAAGCAUCAACGAUGUUACAAUAAUAUGUCGGAACAUAAAGAGCGAGUAAUAGCCACCAAAGCCAACUUCAUUCCUCUGUAGUAAGGCGGUAUAUGGUUGCAUCUUAGUAUAUAAUAUAUGUGUUAGAAUACUAGUGUACUUCUACUUUUCCAAACUCUUCUAAUAGACGUCGUGCAAACUCUAUCCUUCUUAAAUGUUUUGAAAUAAAAAAUCGGUUGUAGCUGAUUUAUACGAUACAUAGACAACUUGAUAAAAAUCUAAUUUGAUGUAAAAAUAUUUAAUCUACACAUUCACCUAGUAGUUUUGCGAUACGCGCCAAAACUUAACACUGACAGCUGUCACAGGCAUGCUAUAUUGCAAAUGACAAAUACAACGCUGAGAUUUUUGUAAAAUAGAUCAUCCUCUACGCACUAUGUUUUACAAAAUCGUCAAACAAGAUGGGAACUCAAGUAUAAAUGUUGACAGUUUUCAUAUUACUAGUAAAUGGUUGACUAAAAUAAUAUAGAUUAUUUCAGUUCCAUUAAAAAAAAUAGAGAUUAAUGUCCUUAAAUGUUUAUAGAUAAUACGGAAAUUUAAAACUUUGAUAAAUUAAUUACAUAUAACAUUUUGACGUGCUUUCGCUAGCUAUACGUGUAUAACAUUUGAAUGGAUUUUGAACAAACUAUGCUUAAUCUACCUCGCUGUUCAUCGUUUGCAUUAUCAUAACGUUUCUAUACCCGCCAAAUAUCUAAUAAUUGAAUUACGUAAAAACAAAAUAUUUCAUUUAGAUAAGUAAUACUAAUUUAAAAAUGUAAUAGUAAAAACAAUAAUUAAGAUUGGGCUCUAUUAAAAUACCUUCGUUCCUUAAGAAAAAGAGGAAAACCUUUAAUAAAAACAGUCACAUAUAUGCGGCCACGUAACUUAAAACCCAUAUAAUAAAUAUAUGACACGGUGGGGUUUUUUUUAUUAAUUUUUAUGCCUUUUUUGAACAAAAAGUCCCUUAGGGAGUAAGAAAUUGGUUUAUUAUAAAUAUUUAUGUGGUUUUCAGCUUCAUGUUUCAUUAGAGAAUGUGUUCAUAAAAUAAUUUUGCGUUGUACAAUCGCUUUGUGUAGUUAAAACUUGACUGAACUGACAUUAGUUUGUGAUAUUUAAUAUUUAUGUGUAUGUAAUGAGUAGUCGUAACAAUUUCCUAAUAGACUAUAGGUUAGCUGACUUUUAAUUUGACAAAUCCGAAAGCCUUGGAUUUCAAAAACGAAUAUAACACGUUAAUUGAAUACCUUUAUCAUAAAUAAAACUAAUUUUAUAUGUAACUUGUGACCAUACAAUUACACUUUUCCAAAUUCCAGAACACCGAUUUUUAAUAAAUUUUAAUAGGCCACGGACGCAUCUCCUGACGGUUAAGAUGAUAUUUUCCUCAUUUGUGUUCAUCUAACGUAACAGGAAAAGACAUUAAGGUGUAUCUCUUGACAUAAUUAUUCAUUUAAAGUUUGAUUUUAAAUUGACGUUUGGAUCUGCUACAGAUAUUAACAAUAUAUUAAAUUUAAAGAUUUAUGAAUGAUAAAAUUACUAUUAAAGAUUUGUAAAAAAAAAUCACUUAAAAUGUAAAGAUUGUUUUUGGUGCAACUUUAUUAAAAUUUUGUGUUACUCUGUCAAAGGUUAUCCUUUUAAUAAGAUAAGCUUUAGAAGUUAUGUAUGUACGCUAUUUUAAUUAAAUUACUUGACUUGAUUUUCUUAAAUUUUUAAAUAGAGACACUUGUCGUAUUCUGUAUUAUACAACACAACAAUUGUGCAAUCAGCGCUCGUACCCUGUAACUUUACAGCGAUGCCGAUCCUCACGUUGUUCGUUCAAUGUAGUCACAAUAGCUCUGACGUCGCAACCGCUAUCGGAAGUUACAGAAUAAGGGCCCUGGUAUGAUAUUCCUAUUAUUAUUAUAUUCUAGAAAAUUAUGUCAGCUGAGCAAAUUUGUGUGUAUGUUACAAUUUUAGAUUCUCAGUAAUUAUAAAAAACCCUUAUUGAGACGAGUAUUAGAUUUUAAAUAGCAUCGUCCUAAUGUCUAAUAGAUGUCGCCAGUAAUUUUAUUUGCAUUUAAUAAGUUAGAUCCUACCCCUCUCAAAAUCCUUAGAAUUAAUGUGUAUAAAUGUAAUCAAAUAAUUGUUAAAUUACUUGACCACUCUUUCCUGUAUUUAAUGUACGAAUUAAACCAACAUAUAGCGGUUUUCUGACAUAUACUUCAUAUGAUAAUCUAUUCGUAAGUUAAAUGUAGGAACUAGAUGUGUAUGUAAUCAAUUUUUCAAUACAGGUAUUACAGUAAAAUAUUCGAUUGUAUUAUUGUAAAAAUUGGUGUUAUAAUAAAAAUUAUUAUGAUUUA